UCCUCCUCCCCCUCUCCUUCCCCCUCUCCUCCUCCUCCUCCUCCCCCUCCUCCUUAUGCUAAUCACGCCUCUCCUCUCCUUCCUCACCCGCCGUGCGUCUCUCUGCGCGCCGCCGUGACCGAGCACCGGAUCGGGGCGUCAGAAGAGUGAUUGGGGGAGAGCGGGGGAGAGAGGGGGAGGUGUACAGUUCGGUUCACCGUUUUCUCCGCACCGAGCCUCUCUGCGUUAUUGUGAACAUGAGGCGGCCGCUCGGCGCUCCGCGGACGGACGCGGCGUGUCGGCGCGCAGCAUAAAGGCGGAACCGGAGCCGAGCAGCGGAGCGGCGGAGCGGCGGCCCCGGAUCUGGAUCAGGAUCUGGAGGUUUUGAACAGCUGGAACCAGUUCAGUCCUGCGAUGGCUUCAGCUGUAAAAUGGACGAUUUAAAGCAGAAACAAUGAAAACAAGGACACACAAAGAAUCGAUGCCCAUGCGCAGUGGGCGCCGGCGGGGGGCAAGUGAGGAGCGACGGGGCAGGAGACCACACAGCAGCCCGACGCGACCCGAACGCAACGACAGGCAGACGCAGAGAGGCGCUGCUGAGGAUUUGGCUGCGAGUCGCUUCAGCCGCAGAUCCCAGGGCCAUGAUUCGUCGGAGAGUGAAGGGGAGGAGCUGGUGUCUCCACCGAAGAGGCAGAAAGUUCAGGAUUCGGCCUCGACUCCGAACCCUCCGACCUCAACUCACUCCACCGACAGCUCGGCUCCCUCCACAGUCCCGCCUCCAACCUCUGCCGCCAGCCAAUCCCGCGAGAGCGACAACGAGGACGGCCAAUCGCAGGGCAGCAGGAGUUCAGUGGUGGGCAGCCUGGCCAAUAGCAGCAGCAGUCUGAGCAGCGGGCGGGACAUCGACCAGGACAACCGGUCGUCCUCCCCCAGCCUGUCGGCCUCCCCACUGGGCAGCCUGGACUCUGACUCGGACGGACCCGACUCACCCAAGCAGGGGGACAAAGGAAAGGAGGGGAAGGUGUCGGGGGAGGACAGGAGGCGAGGGGAGGAGUCCUGUGGAGACGAAAAGAGAGACGUGGACGCCCGAUUGGAGGACUGUCCGACACUGAAGCCCCCCUCCACCCCUUGUUCCACUCCCUCCACCGACAGGAAGUCCUUCUUCUCCCUCGACUCCAAGCUCAUGUGUAAAGUCGAGUACGGUGGCAGCGAAGCAGCGCUCGCCAGCAGCAGGAUGACCUCCAAAGCUAGCACUCAGUGCGUUACCAAGACAACCAUCUCCGGGGCUGAUUUCUCCCACAAUAGCCCCAACCUGCCCCACCCACUGCCCCCACCGCUGCCCCCUCCACCGGCCCUGAAGCCCCUGGAGUUCGGGCAGGUGGAGGUGAAGGUGGAGCGGGACAAACCAGACAAACCAGAUAAACUGCUGGACAAGGCGCAGUCCGCCCCCCCCUCACUACUGCCCCAGACCCCCCCUCAGCCCUCCGCCCACCACUACAGCACCCCCAGCUGGCAGGGCGGCACGGCACCUGGUUGCCAGGGGAGCUGGGGCUAUUCCCGUUACCCCGGCAACCACCACCCACCACAGCCCCCAGUGCAACAGCAGCAGCUGCCCUCCGUCUACAACCCCCCCUCCGCUCGUCAUUCUGCCUCCCAGCCCUCUUACCUCCCCCACCCUCACCCCCACCCCCACAGGGAGUACCUGCCCAGGUACGCUGGAGGGGGCGGACAGAGAGAGAGGGGGGCAGGAGAGAGGGAGCGGGGAGUGAGGGGGGAGUGCGGGGGGAGGGAGUUCUCAGCUCCUAUUGGUAGUGGCGGGGGCAGCAGUGGCUGUGGAGGGGGCAGGGAGUUCGGGGCGGUGGGUUCUGGUCCGGGGGGGCGGGACUUCAGUUUCAAUCUGCCCAAUCAGAACCAGAACAGAGACUUUGGCGCAGCUGGAGGGGGGCACCCCAAAGAUGGAGGACGGUGGGGGGACCUGGGGGCGGCGAGCAGGGAGGGGAGCAGUAACCCCCCCACCAGUACCACCCUACCCCAGGGGAACCCCCCCAGCUCCACCAGCCUCCCUGUAACCCCCCACCUGAACCGGGACCCCCCAGCUUCACCCCAGAACAACCCCACCCACCCAACCCUGCCCCCACACCCCCACACUCCAAACUCCUCGAACCGGGACUUCCCCCCCACCAUGGAGCAAACCCCCCCCACCGGACCAGACCACUUCCACAGAGAGUACCCCUCUGCCCCUGCCGUACCGCCUUCCUCCACUGGCACCAAUCGGGAGUACCUGAGCUCACCAGGAGGGGCGCCAAACCUGGGCCGGGAGUACUCUGGGCCGGGUGGGGCACAGCACCCUCACCCGCCUCACCCCCACUACCAGCCCAGAGACAGAGAGCGGGACCCGAACCUGCGGGAGGCGCCGAUGUACCAGAACCGGGGGGGUCCAACUCAACCUCCCACUCUUUCCCCCCCAUCCUCCUCCAGCCAUCAUGGACAUGGCGCUCCCUACCCACCUCCACCUCAAUCCUCCCACACCCAGCCCCCUUCCUCAGGUGUGGCUCCCAACGUACGCCCUGCCCACUACCAGUCCUCCGCCCAGACCCCACCUACCCCACUGUCUCCGCUACCGAGCCCAUCCACCAAUCAGAUGGGGGCCUUCUCCUCGUUCCCUCCUGGCUCCUCCUCGUCAGCGCCCCCCCUCUCUGCUUCAGGUGUGUCCUCCAGCUGCUCACCUGGAUGUCGGCCGUCUUCUUUCCACGGCACAUUAAACAGCCACGCCCCCUUCAGCGGGACAUACCACACUAACGGGGGCGGUGGGGGGAAUAUGGCCAACAGCAGCAACAGUAGCACAGCCAACAGCAGCAACCCGCAGUCUCUAUCGCCUCAGAGCGCCGUGAAGGCCCCACCCCCACUUAGUAACGCCAACAGUGGCAUCCCGACGCCAACCACCGGAUCUGCGCUACCCACCGGAGACGGACACUCAGAUUCAGGCCCACCCCCAACUCCUGUCAUCAAGGAAGAACCAAUGGAAGAAAGGGAUGAAAACGAGAGCCCGCCACCGGUGCUGAGAAGCCCAUCUCCUGAGCCAAAACCUGUGGACAUUCCCAUCCACGCCAGCCAAUCAGCACGGUUCCACAGGGUUCUGGACCGUGGCAGUGGGAACUCAUGCGCCCGCAGCGACGUCCUUUUCGUUCCGCUGGACGGAUCCAAACUGUGGAAGAAGAGGAACGAGAUGAUUGAACGAGCUCGCAGGGAGGUGGAGCAGCGAGCUCGCGACCUGAGGGAGAAAGAGCGGGAACGAGAGAGGGAACGCGAGCGUGAGCGCGAGCUCGACCGACACCUGCAGCAGCAGAAGGAUGUCAGUGCUGCUGGCGGCCCUCGCCAGGCCUCCUCGCUCUUCUUUCCCUCCUCGUCCUCCAUCAUCCUCGACCCUUCAUCAUCUUCCUCUUCCUCGGCCAACCCCAUCUCCCACCCGCCUCCUCACCCCCAGCACCAUCCCUCACACCCGCACGCUCACCUGCCUCCAACACACCAUCUCCACCCCUCGCUGUCCCACACCAUCCCCCACUCCCUGCUGCUGCCAUCCAUGGGCGGAGCUUCAGCCGUGGUUGGUGGCCCUCAGGCCCUGGGGAUUGGUUUAGGAGGUCCAUAUUUGGGCCCUGACACUCCAGCACUGAGGACUCUAAGUGAAUACGCACGCCCCCACGCCAUGUCUCCGCUGGGGGCAGCGAGUCGAGCCCAGGCGCACCAUCCCCAGGUGCACCACGGACAUCCCCAUGUUCACCCAUCCUUCUUCCUGCCUCAGUUCCAGAACCACGCUCUGGCACACCCCCAUCACCUGCCCACUGAUGCAGCCACGGCAGCAGCCAUCCUUGGCUUCCUGUACGGCGGCAGCCUGGAGGGGGGUCCAGGUAUGGGAGGUCCCCCCGGUGUGGCAGGGGGACCGAUGCCUGGGGCCAUUGGGGCAGCAGGGUUGGGAGGAGUAGGCUUCCCUCAUGCGGUGGCGGCGCAUCGAGACCGGAUAAAGCCAGGCUUUGAGUUUAAGAGCGAUGAGCGUGUUUACCCGCCCGGGUCGAUUCCGGACCCGGCAGCGCUCGCCCUCGCUCAUUCGCACUCGCACGCCCAUGCCCAUGCUCAUGCCAACGCUCACGCACAUGCUCACUCCCUGCUCCUGGGAGGUGGAGCCGCAGGAGCCAAUGAGGUGUCAUUGUACGGCACUCCUCCUCCCCCAGCUCCACCUGGACCCCCACACCUUCAGAACCCUACACUCGGCCCAGUGACCCGUCCUCCCAACCCUCCUGCCCCCCAGUCCCUGUCCAAUCUGCCCCCUUCCUCUCUCCUGCCUCCCUCUCUCCCCUCUCACCCUUCUUCUGCCCCUCCACCCGCCCCCCCUGCCCCAGUGGUCUCCACAGCUCCACCCUCAGCCCCUCCCCAACUGGUGCCACCCACCUCCAGCAGCACCUCCCUCCAUCACCCCGUCCCCCAUUCUUCUUUUCCCACCUCCCUGUCCUCCCACCUGCCCCCACCUCCUCCAGCCGCCCCACCUGAGAACUACCCCACCCCCACUCGUUCCCCGCCUCCUAUGAGCCGGGAACGGGACAGAGACCGGGAUAGGGACCGGGAUCGAGACCGGGCAGCACUGCCUCCAUUCACAGAGCGAGAAAGAGAACGAGAGCGAGAACGAGAGCGAGGAGGCAGCGGGGCAGGAGGGGGCAGUGGAGGCGGGACAGGAGGGGCAGGAGAGAACCUGGGCCGACUCCAGAUGUUGAACGUGACGCCGCAUCACCACCAGCACUCACACAUCCACUCACAUCUGCACCUGCACCAGCAAGACACAGCGGCGGGCGGGGUUCACCCCCUGAUGGACCCGUUGGCGUCGGGGUCUCCUUUGGCUCGCCUCCCCUACCCCGGGGCCACGCUCGCCACCCCCAUCCUGGCUCACCCCCUCACUGACAGCGAGGUGCUCCGCCAGCAGCUGUUCGGUGAGGAGAAGGCUCCUCGUCCAUGUGCUCCGUUCCGUGACCUGCCCCAGACGUCCUCCCUCAGCGGGCCCAUGUCAGCCGCCCACCAGCUGCAGGCCAUGCAGCAGGCCCAGAGCGCCGAGCUGCAGAUCCAGAGACUGGCCCUGGAACAGCAGUGGAUCCACCACCACCACCACCACUCCCUCACCCAGGACGAGUACUACAGUCACCUGAAGAAGGAGAGCGAUAAAACCCUGUGAGGGGGCAGAACCAGGAGGUCAACACAGAAAACUAAAGCACUGAAACUACGAAGAACAAAGACUCAGACUGACGCUGACGAUGAGGAAUUCGUGGAACAGCGGAUCUGAAGGAUCGGCAGCCGGAGGAGGCGACGAGCUGCAGUUUUGUAUCGUGUACAGUACCUUAGAUUUGAAGUACGGUCUGUGUAAAAUACUUGAAGGAAUGUGUACAUGAGUCUUUUCUGUCAUUGCAUGUAGCUCUAGAUGCUUCUUCUGAACUGGUGGAACUUUGGUUCUCUUUUUAGUACCGAGCCCUCCUUUGUACUGAGGGUUCUAUAUGCAUGAGACCAGCAGUUAGUGUUCUGUUCUGUUUCCAAUCAAUAGUAUUGUUCUUCUGAUUAAUGUCGUCUGUUUGUUGAUAAUGAUAUAAUUAUAUAUACAGCACAUAUUAUUUGUAUUAUUUUUUUACAUUUUCAUGGUAUGGCAGUCGGUUUUUAUUUUUGAUUUGACUUGUGAAACAAGAUGCAAACGAAGGUGAAAAAAUCUGGAAAUAAAUUAUAAUCUUUCUUUUGCUA